AUUAUUGCUGGAUUAAUGACAGAAAACUCUGUUUACUGAACUGGUUCGGUGUGCAUUUGCGAGUUUUGUUGUAAUUGCCCUCAGUGAAGCCACAAGCCGAGAGGUCGCAAAUUUUUUAAAGAAUCAUAAGAAAAAAGUGAACUUAUUUCAACUUUACAAUGACUGACGAAGUUAAUCCAAAAGCAUUCCCUCUGGCCGAUGCCCAGCUGAGCACGAAGAUCAUGAAUUUGUUGCAGCAGGCGUUGAACUACAAUCAGCUCCGGAAGGGCGCCAACGAGGCCACCAAGACCCUGAACCGUGGUCUGGCGGAAUUCAUCGUGAUGGCGGCCGAUGCGCAACCAAUUGAAAUUAUUCUUCACUUGCCACUGUUGUGCGAGGAUAAGAACGUGCCGUACGUUUUUGUACGGUCGAAGCAAACCCUGGGACGCGCUUGCGGCGUCUCACGCCCGAUCGUCGCCUGCUCGGUGACCGUCAACGAGGGAUCGCAACUCAAGUCCCAGAUCCAAAGUAUCCAACAGGAAAUUGAAAGACUUCUUGUUUAGAUGUAAGUUUUUUGUAAAUACAGAGAAAUAUAUGUUUUGGUAAAA